AUGGACAUGAAAAUCGAGCUAUCUCACCAGUCUACGGCGGAUCUGGGAGUCCCGGAAACCAUGGUUUCAAUGUCACGACAAAGUCGCACUAGCAUGCCUGAAUUUCGUGGAUCCUUGGAGUUUAAUCAAUGGACCGCGACAAGAUGCCAUCGGUUGCUUCGACCGUUGAUAUCUAGUAUAUCAGCUUUACAAAGGGAACUGGCCCGGCCUUCUAGUGAAGCGACGGGAUGCCGGGCUCACGACUUGGCCGGUGCCGAGAGCACCUUCUUCCGAGGAGCAGAACCGCGGAUGGGUCUCGGAAGGGCCAAACCCAAAUUCACAUACUCGUCCAAGGCUUCAAAGCAACACCCGGCACAGUCCAGAAAAAUCAAGAAGGCGCCAGCACCUUGCUUGUCCUCAAAAGCCGCCACUAGCGAGGCCUUUGCUUGUUCAGAAACUGCUAUGCCUACACCGAUCGCGGUUAAGAUACGGAGUCACCAGUUAUCUUCACCAGUGGCGUUGCCAUCAGGGCUAGAGCCUGCCGUCAAGAGGGGCAGGCCACGGUCAACGCAGGUUUACUCCAAAGGAAGAGUUUAUACCUCUACGCGACCAGGCACAACUGCUGAACUAGCAAAGUUACGACCUAGGAUGUCAGAAGCUGCUUUCAACAUAUUGGACUCGAUAAAUCGAUCUUUUGAGGCUAUAUUACGGGCCACGGCAGAGCCUGCAGACUACGCUGUGUCGAAAAAAUCCCUGUUCAGCAUGUGUUUACGGAAGCUACCUGCUUACAUAUCUGGACGACAGCAAUGGGAAAGGGAGGAUGCCGAGGCCAGGGGCGAGAAAGCGGCAUUCAACCCGUCCGAGGUCUCUUUUGGGAUUUACAGCGAACUGGAGAGCCUCGGCGCCUGUGAAGGCUACAAGCAUCUAAGAACUGUGGCAAGAGCGCAUGCCGUACAGAUCAUGGUGGACGCCAUCCGCGAUGGCUUGCUGGAUGUGGAUUUUGUUGGAAUCAUCGUCUCUAUAUGCAUGUACUGCAAGGCUAAUGCAGAAGCUGAUCUAAUCAUGGCAUCCGUCACGGAUGUCAAGUACCCGAAACCAUCUGCACAGAUUACCAACUUUGGAGAGGAUCGCGCUAUGGAGCCGAUGAGGCUUAUGGUUGAAUACGGCGAUGCUGCCAAGAGAGAACGGGUCGCCCUUGAGGCCAUCUCUAGACUUUUACAAAACGAAAGGCUGCCGCACGACUGGGUCUUGUCAGAUUGUUGGAGGCCCGUCUGGUCGAUGGCAGUUCGUGUGUUAUGCCGCAAGACGGCAUGUCAAAGAACUAUCGCCUUUGCAACUACGACAAUAAGCAUCAUUUGCCAGAAUAUUAUCCGCAAGCCUCUGGCAACGGGUGACUCUUCUACCAAAAAGAUGGCAGUCGAGCUCGCAUAUUCAUCGCAGAAAGCUCUAGUUGCUGCUAUAUCACCACUAGCAACAAUCAUGGUCAUUGGAAAAGAAGCAGUUUCUUUAGAGUUCAACUCUACAACACAAAAUAGGAUAUCCGCUGUCCGAGAACGGAUCAGAGUCAUUUUUUAUUGCUGCAUCGCUAGCUUGAGGACGAAACGGGGCAUCAGGCAAAGGAGUUGCAUUUUCUUACUACUAUUGGCUUUGUACCUCUGCGGAUAUGGCGACUCAGACGAGGAAGAACAACCUGACGAUGAAGGAGUGGAGUUCCAGCUCCGAAAACUGUGGCAAGAGCCCAGAACCAGCCAAGAAACGGCAAAGCAUUAUGAUAUGGCGGUAGCACUCGUCGGCUCCAUUGCCCAGUGCUGCGGAAGGGGCUCAACGACACCAGCAUCAAAAUAUCUGAAUCAGCUUUGCAGACGGGUGCAGGGCCUUGGAUUUGAUGGAGGAAUAUUUCAGUCACUGGAAGCAGAUGUUGCCUUCUCUCUGGCGGCGAGGACGAACGACUUGCGCGACCUCGCGUUCGCAGAAGCACUGGACUCAUCGCGUGCUUCAGAGGCGAUCGAUGAGGCUCAUCGAUGGACGGAAACGACGAAACGAAUCGACUCAGCAUUACCCACCAAUAUGUUCACCGGGUACCGCUGGGAAGAAGGUAUAAGUGAAUGGGUUAUUGCUAGUCCGCCAACGGCAUCCCAGAAGCCGUCAUCGCCGUCAUCGAGACGCCAGGUUCGCAUUAGUGGCAUCGCGACACGUGAACCUGACAGUGAGCAGAGGAACAGACAAGCUCGACCACACAGUAUCGAGCGAGUCGUGGGCAAGCAGAAAGUUUCGCUGCCCGUCACCUCUGUCGCCCAAGUCAUCCCUGCCGGGGCAUGUUUGGCAGAUGGACAACCAAGGAAGGCCAUGUUAGGGACAAAUGAGGCGGAAACACCGAAGCAUGACUGUAUGACUAGAACAUUACGUUCCAAGUCAGCUGCAGGCCGUAAAAUAGGUACCAAUCAUGAGCAGAGGUGCGGACUUGGGGCAAAAACCCCGGCCCAGGAGCCGCGCGUCUCACCAUCAAGAAGCAGCAGCCGGGGCAUUAAUAACCCGCAGCCAAACAUUUUCAAUGAUUACGAGAACCCGGCAAAGCGACGGAGGACGACAAUAGGGCUACCUUUACGAGAAAUUGCCGAUCGAGUGAAUAUGCGGCAGCAGUCACGGCGUGAACCGAGCGACUCCAGCUCUGUUUCAGCGAACCGAAAGAGGCGGAGGUUGACAUCUGUCCCGAUAGAGCCGAGUAGCGAUGACGAGCUAUGUCUGUAA